CUUGCUACACUUUACAUAUUGUAUAUCAACCAAUGGGUCGUGUCACUACUCCAUCAGAGGAGAAUCCAAACAACGGUAUACCGCUUCAGCAAACCGGUACACCCAACCAGCAAACCGGAGUUCCCGUGAGUCAAUUCGCGCCGCCAAAGUAUCAUCAAGCUAAUGUUAACUUAUCUGUUGGGAGGCCAUGGAGCACUGGUUUGUUUGAUUGUCAUGAAGACCAAACCAACGCCGCUAUGACAUUAAUCUCACCUUGUGUGACAUUCGGACAAAUAGCAGAAGUCGUGGAUGAAGGAGAGAUGACUUGUCCUCUUGGAAGUUUCAUGUACCUGUUGAUGAUGCCGGUUUUGUGCUCACAGUGGGUGAUGGGAUCAAAGUAUAGGGAAAAGAUGAGGAGAAAAUUUAAUCUUGUGGAAGCUCCAUAUUCAGAUUGUGCCAGUCAUGUCCUAUGCUCUUGUUGCGCUCUUUGUCAAGAAUACAGAGAGCUCAAGAUUAGGAAUCUUGAUCCUUCUCUAGGUUGGAAUGGGAUACUUGCUCAAGGACAAUACCAGAGUGAAGCACCAACCUUUGCUCCUACCAAUCAAUAUAUGUCUAAGUAAUCAUUUGAUAUUAGUUGACCUCCAUAUUUGUUACACAUUAUUUGCGGGCCGUUGUACAAUGCAAGUGUGUUAUAUUAAAAUUUGCAAUGCAAGUGUGAGAUUGAUUAUGUU